GUUCAAAGGAGGAAACAUGGCGGAAAACAAAGGAGGCGGCGGCGGCGGCGAUGGGGCUGCCGAGGCCGGGCCGGGCGGCGGCUGCGGCCCGGAGCCCGUGGCCGCGUCCCCCUCCGGCGCCGCCCCGCCCGCGCCCGCCGCCGCGCCCCCCGAGGAGCGGGAGAGCCCGGGCGCGGCGGCGGCGGCGGAGCGCGCUCUCGGGGAGGCCGAGGCCGAGGCGGCGGCGGGGCCCGGCGCGGUUCCGGGCCCGGGCCCGGGCCCCAGCCCCCUGCCCCCGCUGACGCCGGCGGCGCCCGGGCCCUUCUCGCUGCUGGACACCUGCGCCGUGUGCGCGCAGAGCCUGCAGAGCCGGCGCGAGGCCGAGCCCAAGCUGCUGCCCUGCCUGCACUCCUUCUGCCGCCGCUGCCUGCCCGAGCCCGAGCGGCAGCUCAGCGUGCCCGUGCCCGGCGGCGCCAACGGCGACAUCCAGCAAGUUGGUGUAAUCAGAUGUCCGAUAUGCCGCCAAGAAUGCAGACAGAUAGAUCUGGUGGAUAACUACUUUGUAAAAGACACAUCAGAAACACCGAGCAGCUCUGAUGAGAAAUCAGAACAGGUGUGCACAAGCUGUGAAGAUAAUGCUAGUGCUGUAGGAUUUUGUGUAGAAUGUGGGGAAUGGUUGUGCAAGACCUGCAUAGAAGCUCAUCAGCGAGUAAAAUUUACUAAAGAUCAUAUGAUCAGAAAAAAAGAGGAUGUAUCUUCAGAGGCCGUGGGAGCAUCUGGUCAACGUCCUGUUUUCUGUCCUGUCCACAAACAAGAGCAGUUAAAACUUUUCUGUGAAACAUGUGACAGGCUGACAUGCAGAGACUGUCAGUUACUGGAACACAAAGAACACAGGUAUCAGUUUCUAGAAGAAGCUUUCCAGAACCAGAAGGGUGCAAUCGAGAACCUGUUGGCCAAACUUCUUGAGAAGAAAAAUUAUGUAAAUUUUGCAGCUACCCAAGUUCAGAACAGGAUAAAAGAAGUAAAUGAAACUAACAAACGAGUAGAACAGGAAAUCAAAGUGGCCAUAUUCACGCUCAUCAAUGAAAUCAAUAAAAAGGGAAAAUCUCUCUUACAGCACCUUGAGAAUGUAACAAAGGAGAGACAGAUGAAGUUAAUACAACAACAGAAUGACAUCACCGGCCUUUCACGACAAGUGAAGCAUGUGAUGAACUUUACUAAUUGGGCUAUUGCAAGUGGCAGCAGUACUGCUUUACUGUACAGUAAACGACUGAUAACAUUCCAGUUACGUCAUAUUUUAAAGGCACGUUGCGAUCCUGUCCCAGCUGCCAAUGGAGCAAUACGGUUCCAUUGUGACCCUACAUUCUGGGCAAAGAAUGUCGUCAAUUUAGGUAACCUUGUUAUUGAAAAUAAACCAACUCCUAGUUACACUCCCAAUGUAGUGGUUGGACAAGCUCCUCCAGGAACAAACCACGUCAGCAAAACUCCAGGACAAAUCAAUCUAGCACAGCUUCGACUUCAACAUAUGCAGCAACAGGUGUAUGCACAAAAACAUCAGCAACUGCAGCAGAUGAGGAUGGGACAGCCAUCUGGGUCAGUUCCCAGACAGACAGGUCCUCAAAUCUUACAGCAGCAGCCUCCCAGGUUGAUCAGCAUGCAGACCAUGCAGAGGGGUAACAUGAACUGUGGGGCUUUCCAAGCACAUCAGAUGAGAAUGGCUCAGAAUGCUGCUCGUAUACCAGGAAUACCACGCCACAAUGGACCACAAUACUCCAUGAUGCAACCUCACCUUCAAAGACAACAUUCUAACCCGGGACAUGCGGGGCCUUUUCCAGUUGUUUCUGUGCACAACAACACUAUUAAUCCAACUAGUCCCACUACUGCAACAAUGGCAAGUGCAAACCGUGGUCCAACAAGUCCAUCUGUUACAGCAAUUGAACUCAUUCCUUCUGUAACAAAUCCGGAGAAUUUACCUUCCCUGCCAGAUAUCCCACCCAUCCAGCUUGAAGAUGCUGGUUCAAGUAGUUUGGAUAACCUUUUAAGUAGAUAUAUCACAGGCAGCCACCUACCCCCGCAACCUACAAGUACAAUGAAUCCCUCCCCAGGGCCUUCAGCUCUGUCUCCAGGGUCAUCAGGCUUAUCCAACUCCCACACUCCUGUGAGGCCACCUAGUACCUCCAGCACAGGUAGCAGAGGAAGCUGUGGCUCCUCGGGCAGAACAGCUGAGAAAACUAGUGUUAACUUCAAGUCUGACCAAGUGAAAGUCAAGCAAGAACCAGGGACAGAGGAAGAGAUAUGCAGUUUCUCAGGCACAGUAAAACAGGAGAAAACCGAGGAUGGCAGAAGGAGUGCUUGCAUGCUUAGCAGUCCUGAGAGCAGCUUGACACCACCACUAUCCACUAACUUGCAUCUGGAGAGUGAGUUGGAAGCAUUAGGAAGUCUCGAAAACCAUGUAAAAACCGAGCCAGGAGAUUUAAGUGAAAGUUGCAAGCAGUCUGGACAUAGCCUUCUAAAUGGAAAAUCCCCAAUGCGGAGUCUAAUGCAUCGAUCAGCUAGAAUUGGAGGAGAAGGCAAUAAUAAAGAUGAUGAUCCAAAUGAAGACUGGUGUGCAGUAUGCCAAAAUGGAGGGGAUCUGUUAUGUUGUGAAAAGUGCCCCAAAGUGUUUCAUCUAACUUGUCAUGUACCAACACUCCUCAGCUUUCCAAGUGGAGAGUGGAUAUGUACAUUCUGCAGAGAUCUAAGCAAACCAGAAGUAGAAUAUGAUUGUGACAAUUCGCAACACAGCAAGAAAGGGAAAACAGCACAAGGCCUGAGUCCUGUGGACCAAAGGAAAUGUGAACGUCUCCUGCUUUACCUGUAUUGUCAUGAACUGAGCAUUGAAUUUCAAGAGCCAGUCCCAGCCUCGAUACCAAACUACUAUAAAAUUAUAAAGAAACCCAUGGAUUUAUCUACAGUUAAAAAGAAACUGCAAAAGAAGCAUUCCCAACAUUACCAGACUCCUGAGGAUUUUGUGGCAGAUGUCCGGUUGAUCUUCAAGAACUGUGAAAGGUUUAAUGAAAUGAUGAAAGUUGUUCAAGUUUAUGCAGAAACACAAGAGAUUAAUUUGAAGGCUGAUUCAGAAGUAGCACAGGCAGGGAAGGCAGUUGCAUUAUACUUUGAAGAUAAACUUACAGAGAUCUACCCAGACAGGACCUUCCAGCCUUUGCCUGAAUUUGAGCAGGAAGAGGAUGAUGGUGAAAUAACUGAGGACUCCGAUGAAGAUUUUAUACAACCACGUAGAAAACGCCUAAAAUCAGAUGAGAGACCAGUGCAUAUAAAGUAAUCUAAUUAUAUGGACCUUAAAUUUAUUGUAAAAACUGUUACUUAAGUGUUUCUGGAAUAUUACCAUGCCUACAGUGGCCAUCUUGAAGAAGCUGGUAGCUUUUUAAACAGUAUUAGACUACAAAAAAAAAAUAAACCACACUUGUACAGAAAGGCAUCAAAAGGGGAAAAACUGUAUCGUGAAUUUUUGGUGUUUUUUUUUUCCUUGAUUAUUUUGUUUCCUUUUUUUUUUCCUGAUGGAGGGGACAUGCUCAUCCUGGUCUCAGAUAGAGGUGAAUGAAUGUUGAAGAGAAGCAGAUUUGAUAAAGAGAUUUUCCAUGUACAGAUGAGACUGCUUAGUAAAAUGUUCUGCAGGACUGGACCAAUACAGUUACUGUAUCUUAUUUUCAUGCUGAACUACAGUGUAAACUGUAAGCAACGUUCCUGAAAUCCCCUUUGUGUGAACCUAAGUGUGUGUUGGGUCAUUGCUUUUAUCAUCUCAUUUAAGUGGUAUUGUGAAUAACUGAUCUUCUGUGUUGAUCCAGUUACCUAAAUUUGACUUUCUUUACUACAUUUUAUGUAUAGCAAAAGAAAAAAAAUCAUUAAACUGUUCUGAAUUGGCAAGCGCAGGAGUGUGAGUUCUUGACAGGUGCAAGACUAAACUGGCUGUUGCAACAAUUGCUUUUUAGUAAGCCUAGGUGUAUUUAUUACAAAUCCUGUACACAGAACGUUUUAAUAGCAUUCGUGGCACAAGUCCUCAUGUUAUAUCAUCUGUCCCUGAUCUCCCUAAUGAGGCAGAAUGUUAUUAUCUUCAGUAUUUGUUACAAAUUUUCUGUACUUGAAGAGGUAAUAAAUAACUGGUUGGGGUGUUUUUCCAGUCUUCCUAAAUAUCAGUUUCUAAUAGACCACUUGGCAAACAAUAACCUAGUAACUACCAAAUGUGUAAAAUUUCCUGUAUUCACUUUGUCUUAUUUGUAAAUAGUGAACUGAGAUUUCUUGCAGGUCAGCAACAUUUGCUGAACUGUUUUUAAGCUAAUAUGUAUUCUUAUUAAUUGUUCCUAUCAAGAAAAGAUUUGUAAUAUAUGCUAUUUCUAACAUUGCAUUAAUUUUGAGGUUCUAUCUUACUUUUUAUUAGAGUACUACUCAGAACUUUCUUCAGAAACAACUUGUGAGCAAAAUGUC